CUCGACUCCGUUCCCUCAUCUUCCAGCUCUCUUUCCCGAGAGAUGUCGUACUCCGGGAAGAAAGGAACAGCAGAGCCGCAAACUGGGAAGAGGGGAUCUUCCGCCAAAGCCAGCACCGAACCACCUGUCUUGUUCAUCCCAGCUGAUGUCGAGCAAGAUCCUGUAGCUCUCAUGCAACUUGCAUCCAAGCUGUCUCUUGACAGCGGCAACUUUGUGGAUACCAAGUUCUAUGCCUUCUCACGACGAAAAGCAUCUGGCACGAUAUACGCACCCAAGGCCAUUUACGCCAACAGCUGGAUACUCCGCGCGAAGUCUCCUCAGUACAUCGAAAACUUACUUUUCGAAGGCUAUGAUGCCAACUGUACCAUCGGCCCUCUAGAUAGCGCUAUCCCUUCAUAUCGCGAAUGCCUUGGCAAGGCCAAGAGUACUAGCUACGACUCGGACAGCGACAUUGAAGACGAUGACGACGAUAUGGAGGCGUCCCGCAAGUCUGCGCUUGGCGCUCCCAGCACGAAGGAUGGCAGGUCGACGCCAGUAAGCCAUUCACCAGUGCUGUACCUACUGAUUGCUGAUUGCCUCAACGCCGGUUCUCAAGGCACCUCACAACUCAGUCCAAGCCAAGCCGGAUUCCGUACAGGAAGACGAAUCCCGGCUGCCAGGACAGAAAGGCCGGAUUAUCGUGCUGCAGAGCUUUGCCUAUCGACAUGGAAGGCAUUCGUGUACUACCUAUACACCGGCAAAAUAGAGUUUGCACGCCUGAAGUCGCAGAAGCCUGCAAUUCAGCCCCUCGCAAAGACUGCACAGAUGUCGACGAAAGCGCCUCCGUGCUCUCCGAAGUUUAUGUACAAGCUCGCGGAUGAGUCUUGCACUCAGCUUGGUAUCUCGGAGCUGAAAAAUCUCGCUCAGGCGGACAUUCAGUCCAAGCUGUCUGGUGACAAUAUUCUCGCGGAGCUGUCUUCUACCUUCACAUCACGAUAUGAUGACAUUCGUGAUAUGGAAAUCACCUUAGCGUGUGAUCAGACGAAAGACGCACUCAAGGCAGGCAUGUCUUCUUGGAUGAAUGCUAUGCCGGCAAACAUCCUCAAGUGCAAUGCUACCGUAAUUGGUUUGCUGGUUGAGAAGUUGGCGGCCACAGUGACGCCUGCGCCUGCGCCCGCGUCCUGCCGCUACUGUGGCAACCGAGGUCGUAAUGGCUUUAUCACCCACUUCUAGUGCUACAGUUGCACAACCUAAUUUCCUUCGUAAUUCUCUUUUAACCUGGCACAGCUUGUGUUUCGUUCUUUCGUCUCGUAAGCGAGCUCUGGAGACAGGUCCGAGUUGUAUUUCGUUCGUGUUCGUUUACGCAGACACAUACCGGAUAGCUGUUUCUAGCUACGAAUGCAAUUCACUCUUCAUCGCAACUACAACAGACCUGAGCAGCAGUGAUCUAAGCUAUUGCGAAAGUAUAACAGGCGAGGCCCAAUUUUGAGCGUCCACUCUGUUUAGUACGCCCUGAUGGCAUAUGCCACCAUGCUAGUGCUAACAGUGCAUCAGA